UUCAUUAGGACGCGUGCUCACGAGACCGGCAUAAGAAUCCGCGGAAGCGAGAUACAAGCGGCGGCAAACAUCGGAGGCGGCAACCCCUUGGUCUCUGCUGGCAACACCGGCGGUACUCUCAUCCUAGUACGGCGUGUUUAUUCUGGCGCGUAUAUCGACCGGCGGGCGGUCCCGCGGGCGCGCGCCGCCCGGCUCAGUCGCCACCGUCGCGCGCUCCGACCCGCUCGUCUCCUACACCUGCACUUGACAGCUGCCGAUAACCCACACAACAUUCGCUGUGUUACAAACACUAAUAAACUGUCACAACUGAUAUCACUAUUUGAUUAAAGCCAACCGCGCUGCGGACGUUUACGCGAAUGUGAUUGAAGCAAACAAAUCCUUGUGUCAUGUGAGAGUUCUGCUGAAGCUCGCAAAUCUUCAGGCGGCUGUCUAAACGGUGUAGGAGGGCUCCAAAGGUCGUGUAACAUGAUUCUAAAAAACGUAAAUACGAAGAGAAAAUGAAAAUUAACUAUACAGAUACAUUUCUUCUUAAAAAGAGCUAAACCUGUGAUUCAUGCAAUGGCUUGUAACCUAGAAAUGACGUGAAUAUUGUGGCGGGUAUGUGUUAGCUUAUUAUGGGAGCCGCAUGGAGUCGCGUGCGCAGAUGAGUCACACGCUGCCGACCAAGCAUCGCCCGGAGGCAACCUACAGGAGUUGCUCGCAAUCCCUGCCGCUUGACAUUCUAUGGUUGCCGCGGUCGUCGUUCCGGCCGGCGGAGGGCGAGCUGGCAGACUGUGUGCUGGUGGUGGGGGUGUCGCGGCCCAAGCUUGCGGCCGCGCUACUCUCCGUCACGCUGCUCUCGCUGUUCCUCACCUUCCAUGUGCUGUAUGACAGCGCGUUGUACAGCAUACAGGCGGCAAGCAUGGCGUCGGCCGCGAGCGAAAGCCGUAAGAUCCUUCAAACUCAAGAGAGCAACACAAGAACUAUCAACCAUCCCAUGGCACUACGCAAGCGGUUACGACCUCCUCGGCAACCCAGACCUGCACGUAGACUCCCACAGGCUCUUAUAAUUGGUGUCAGAAAAUGCGGUACCCGAGCGUUACUGGAGAUGCUGUACCUCCAUCCGAUGGUACAGAAAGCGUCAGGAGAAGUGCACUUCUUUGAUAGAGAUGAGAACUACGCGUUAGGACUAGAGUGGUACCGAAGUAAAAUGCCGCUGUCCUUCAAAGGGCAGAUCACGAUAGAAAAGAGUCCGAGCUACUUCGUCACUCCUGAGGUACCAGAACGUGUUCGAGCAAUGAACUCCUCAGUCCGAUUACUGCUCAUAGUCCGGGAGCCAGUAACGCGCGCGAUAUCUGACUACACUCAACUGCGCAGUCGCGCUACACCGUCUGCGCCGGCACACCCACAGAUAGCAGCACACCCUAUAACUGACGCUGCAAAGCCUUUUGAACAUCUUGCUAUAUCACCCGAUGGUUCUAUUAAUAUAGCCUACAGGCCAAUAGCAAUAUCUCUGUACCACGCAUACCUGCAUCGAUGGCUGGAAGUGUUCCCUCGGGAACAGAUACUGGUAGUGAACGGCGAUCUGCUGAUUGAAGAUCCGGUGCCGCAGCUCCGACGCAUCGAGAAGUUCCUUGGACUGGAACAUAAGAUUGGAAGAAAGAAUUUCUACUUCAACGAAACGAAAGGUUUCUACUGCCUUCGAAAUGACACCACAGACAAAUGUCUGCGAGAAACAAAGGGACGCAAACAUCCCCGGGUCGACCCUGCAGUUGUCACCAAAUUAAGAAAGUUCUUCAUUCAACACAAUCAGAGGUUUUACGACCUCAUUGGUGAAGAUCUUGGCUGGCCAGAAGAUUAGGAAACUAAGGAUAAAUGGCCUGUGGCCCAAUAACUUGUUGUGAUCAACAUACAUAUCAUAUGUCUCGGAUACAUAUCACUAGCUGUAAAUUUUUUAAAAUCAUUUAUGUAUACAUCUAGAAUAACAUAGAAUAAGAAACCCGAAGAGAAAUUUUAUUUAUAUCUAGCAACAUUUUAUUAUUAAACAUUUUAAAUUUUAUAACGAUUCUAGUCAAUGGUUUCCUUGUUUUUUCGGUUGACUGUUAUCUAAUGUAAGUUUGAGUGAAAGUGACGUCUAAAGUAUGGGAACAACACGAUGUACUGGUUACGUGGCAUUCAUUAAUUUUCACAUCAUUAUUUAGUAAACAAAUUAAAACUAGAUUUUCCACAGGCAUUUUUUAAGCACUGAUUUGAUAGACCGACGCACUGAAAUCCUGAGCAAUAUAUUUUUAUAUAUAAUUAAGUAUUGUAUUAAUUAUACAGCGUUUAUUAUACAGGAUGUGAAUUUUUUAAAUGUUUGUGAUAAUUUCAUUUGUUAGAUUUAAUGAAUUUUAUAUAGAUGUAAGUAAGGAACUAUGUGUAACUAUACUAUAUAAUUAUUACGUUCAAAGUGAAUGAAUGUUGUAUAUUUCCGCUUAAUAUUUUAGGUGUCGUAAUUUCUGGUCGUGCGUUGUCCUAUAUGUGUUUUAUUUAUUAGUGAAUGUGACUUUUCCAAAUCUUAGAUACUUAAUACUACUUAUAUUCAAUAAACUUCAGCAGAAGAAGAUUAAAUUGUAGUUGAAAAAUAUAAAAGUUAUACUUAUACAUGAAAAUUCUGGAAUAUUCUACAGUUCUAUGUGUUUAGCUUGUAGUGAGGUCAAUGAGGUCUUUGGUGUGUUUUUACAUGGCGCCAUGGACUAUGUUUCCACGCAGUAUCUUUUUAAUUUUCAAGUUUUGGAGAGAUAUAAAUUCGACGCGGGUUUAGAAGUAUUCUAUUUAAGUGUAACGUCCAAGACUGAAGAGUUAGUUGAAUAAGUCUUAAGUAAUACCUAUUUAGCAUAAAAUGUCCAUAGGUAAUACGUCAGACGGUGAGCCCUGAACACAGCUUAUGAAGCUUCGAGUAUCUCGUGGUAUGUGAAACACAUAACUUAUUUGCGUAACGACAGCAACUCGUGCCCAUAAAACAGUAAAGAAAUAAAUAAAUUUUCCAUUUAGUUUAUAAUUAAGGGCAAUUUGAAUAUAACCUACCCCUAAUUAUAAGGAAAUGUGAAACUUUGCUUCGUUUGCACGAAAAUCUAACAAAUUAUAUGAUAUUUGUGAAGUUUUGACUUAAUUUGAUUGUUUUAUACGAAUUCUAUUUAACUUUUAUGCAAAGUGAUAAAAUCUGUUUAGACGUCAAUCUGAUACAGCAUAUAAAAGGCAUACGACCAUUGCGAUAUUCAGAUUGAUAUAAAGUUUCGUAGCCAAUCGCGUAGCAUGACGCUACGCCGUAGCUUUCUACGUAGCAUACCGCGAUAAGAUGCAAACUCUUCAAUAUAUGUAUUCAGUUACAUGACAACGUCAUCAGACUAAACUACAGUACAAAUAUAACAUAAAUAGAAACAAAAUUGAAAACGAUAAAUCAUACAUUUCAAUAGAACGCAGUUUAAUUAACAAACUGUCGAUAAACUGCUUUGAUAAAACGUAAAUACUGGUUUGUUCAUAGGGAUAUAUUACUUGAAAUGAGAAUACGCGUGAUAAAGAUCGUAUAAACGUACAAUUCCAAUACAGUUCGAUUUGAAUCACAAUCAUAGGUAUUGUUAUUAUCAAACAGACCUAUUGGCUCCGACUUAUUUGCAUAACUAAGCACUUUUAAACAAGCUUUGAUGCGAUAAAUACUCGAUAUAAAAAAUCA